CCUCUGUGUCAUAUGGGUGGGGAAAGGCAUGGGGAGAUAAUACAUGUGGCAGUAUUGUACUGUAGCCAGCUCCUACUUCCUGAAUAUCUCCGUCAACAAGAAAAUACAUUCCAGAAAAAUGACAUCAACAAGCCGUGGAAACUUGAGGCAUUUAUACUGCUGUGUGCUGCAUAAAUGGUCGGAAGUAAAUAGGGUGAACUUCAAUAAGGACAAAUGCAAAGUACUCCUCUUAGGAAGGAACAAUCAGUUGCACAUAUAUAAAAUGGGACCUGACUGCCUAGGAAGGAGUACAGCGGAAAGGGAUCUGGAGUCCUAGUGGAUCACAAGCUAAAUGACGAUGGCAUCCAUUUCCGAGCGCACUUUCAUUGCCAUCAAGCCUGAUGGAGUCCAGCGGGGACUAGUGGGAGAAAUCAUCAAGAGAUUUGAACAGAAGGGUUUCAAAUUAGUGGCCAUGAAAUUCAUGCAUGCCUCUGAAGACCUUCUGAAAGAACACUACGUUGAGUUGAAAGAUCAGCCAUUCUAUGCUGGUUUGAUUAAAUAUAUGCACUCUGGACCUGUUGUAGCUAUGGUGUGGGAAGGUCUUAAUGUGGUUAAAACUGGCAGAGUAAUGCUGGGGGAAACUAAUCCGACAGAUUCCAAACCUGGCACCAUCCGUGGUGACUUCUGUGUUCAAGUUGGCAGGAACAUCAUUCAUGGCAGUGAUUCUGUAGAAAGUGCUGAGACAGAGAUCAACCUGUGGUUCACUCCUGAGGAACUGGUUGAAUACACAAGCUGUGCUCAUCAGUGGAUCUAAGGGCUAGUCUACACUGGCAACAUUAAAGCACUGCUGCUUGUGUUGUAGUGGCAGAGUGCUGGGAGAGAGCUCUCCCAGCACUCUAAAAAACCCACCUCCAUGAGGGGCGUAGCUCCCAGCACUGGUGCACUGUCUACACUAAUGCUUUAUGGCACUGAAACUUGUUGCACUCUGGGGUGUGUUUUUUCACACCCCCGAGAAAGUUGCAGCAUUGUAAAGUGCCAAUGUAGACAAGCCCUAAGAGUAAAACCUGGGUCCUAUUGCCAUUAUCCUUUAGUUAUUUCAAGGCACUUCUGUAUAAACUAGUGGAAAUCUCUCCCUCUAAUCUGUAUUGUGAAUAUUAUAUGUAACCAGUGUUAAUAACUGCUGCUCUAAUUAAAAAGCUAUUGAAUUAUUAA